AUGCGGGAGUCCAGCGUGAAGGAGCACAACGCGAGCUGGUUCGACGGCAAGAUGCCCCCCCUGUCGGAAGACUAUGUGGUCAGGCCUUCAGGAUGGCCCCCGAAAGAGGAUCUCGGCCGGCCGUGGCUGCGAAACCGCGGCCCAGGGGGUUCGAAAAGCAGGGGAUCCCUCCUCCGGAAUUACCCAAAGCCGGUGGGCCGUUUGCUGCUGCGCGAUCUCAGCGUUCGAUGGAGACUCUACGGAGGUCGAGACUGGGGUUAUUACGGAACAGAGGUCCACGAAAGUCGGUCAUCGAGCGGGUCAAGAGCGGGUUCGACUAGCGGGUUAAGAGCAGGGGGCGAUAACCAGAGGCGGGGGGGAAGUGCGAACAGGCCUGGCGGCGGGCUGGUUACGCGGUCGGUUAAGCCGACCGAAGACGGGUUAGAGGGAUGGUCAACGGUCUCGGUCGAGCCUGGCACGCAAGCGAGCGACAGUCCGCGGUUGAAGAGGGGGGCGAUUCUGGGCGGAUUUCGCCCCCCCGGACGAGGGAAGGGGACGCCACUGCCAGCAAAGCAACGGCAGAUCGCCUGCAGGGUGAAAGGGCGGGAGACGUGGAACGCCAUGGCGGCCGCUUAA